AUGCAGGUUCUGAAACCCCUGCCCAUGUCCAUGUCAGGGAGGGAGCCUAGCACUACUGUGACCUGGAUCCAGGUUCUUUAUAUGGAGCCAUCAUCAUCCUCUGUCUCUGUUUCAGGUCAGGAGCGGAUCGGCAUCGACUCCAAGUACGAGCAGGAGGGAAAGGUCCAGUUUGUGAUCGACGCCAUGUACGCCAUGGCCCACGCGCUGCACAACAUGCAGCGGGACCUGUGUCCGGACAUUUCAGGAAUCUGCCCGGAGAUGGAGUUGGCCGGUGGGAAGAAACUGCUCAAGUACAUCCGCAGCGUCAGCUUCAACGGAAGUGCCGGCACCUCGGUGACGUUCAACAGAAACGGCGAUGCCCCAGGACGCUACGACCUAUUCCAGUACCAGUGGAACAACGUGACGGGAGCAGGGUACAGAGUUAUCGGACAGUGGACAGAGACGCUGCAGCUCAGUAUGGAGGAACUACAGUGGCCUCGGGGCGAGCUGGAGAUUCCCAGCUCUGUGUGCAGCCUCCCCUGCAGAGCCGGAGAGAGGAAGAAGGUGGUGAAGGGGAUGCCCUGCUGCUGGCACUGCGAGCCCUGCGAUGGGUACCAGUACCAAUCUGACGAGUUCAGCUGCAAGCUGUGCGCCUAUAACAUGAGGCCCAGCAUGAACCGGACCUCCUGUCAACCCAUACCCAUCAUAAAGCUGGAAUGGCAUUCCCCUUGGGCAGUGAUCCCAGUUUUUCUGGCCAUGUUGGGGAUCAUUGCCACCAUCUUCGUCAUGGCAACCUUCAUACGCUACAAUGACACUCCAAUUGUCCGGGCAUCUGGCAGGGAGCUGAGCUACGUUCUCCUGACUGGAAUAUUCCUGUGCUACAUUAUCACGUUCCUGAUGAUUGCUAAACCUGAUGUUGGCGUUUGCGCAUUCCGCAGGAUUUUCUUGGGUCUAGGAAUGUGCAUUAGCUACGCAGCCCUGCUCACAAAGACCAACCGCAUCUAUCGGAUCUUUGAGCAGGGCAAGCAGUCUGUGACGGCACCGAGGAUGAUCAGCCCCACCUCCCAGCUGGUCAUCACCUUCAGCCUAAUCUCUGUGCAGCUACUGGGGGUGCUGAUCUGGUUCGGGGUGGAUCCACCCAACAUCAUCAUAGACUUUGAUGAGCAGAGGACCACAAACCCCAACCAGGCUCGAGGGGUGUUGAAAUGUGAUAUUACGGAUCUACAGAUCAUCUGCUCUUUGGGUUACAGCAUCUUACUGAUGGUGACAUGUACUGUUUACGCCAUAAAGACCCGUGGGGUCCCAGAGAACUUUAAUGAAGCCAAACCCAUUGGCUUUACUAUGUACACCACCUGCAUUGUGUGGCUGGCCUUCAUCCCCAUCUUCUUCGGCACGGCUCAGUCUGCAGAGAAGCUCUACAUUCAGACCACCACGCUCACCAUCUCCAUGAACCUGAGCGCCUCUGUCGCCCUCGGCCUGCUCUACAUGCCCAAAGUCUACAUCAUCAUCUUCCACCCUGAGCUCAACGUGCAGAAGAGGAAACGAUCCUUCAAGGCUGUGGUCACCGCCGCCACCAUGUCGACCCGGCUCUCCCACAAGGCCAGUGACCGGCCCAACGGAGAGGCCAAAACAGAGCUGUGUGAGAACGUGGAGCCCAGCAGUCCAGCAGCAAAGACCAAGUACGUGAGCUACAACGACGUUGUGAUCUAAGUCCAUUCCUCCAUCUGAACGGGCGCUGCAGAGAUGUCAGCUCUCCUGGCCUGAUCCUUUUUGGCCCAGGGGAGAGAGGGUUACCGUUUUUUGUUCUCAUGCGUUCCACCAGAGAUGUGGAGGAUCUUCAGCCUGGUGGGAUUUUUCCUCUGAGUGUGAACUCAUGGAGUGGAGAUGAAAUGUGAUGGUUUUUUAAUGGGAUCAGCCGAGGAUAGAAGCUGAACCCCUGGAGAUCCAAACUGCUCCUGUUUCUUAACUCUGGACCUGAAAGUUCCUCAGCCUCCCUGUUGAUCCAUCCGUUCUUUAAGGCUUCCAUUUGGUCCAUUCUUUGGUACUUUUCUUUCUGGUGCUGAGAUAAUUCUCACGUCACUGAUGGAUCCACCCUCCUUCCUGGUUUCACACAUUUUGUUUCCUUUCUUUGUGUAUUAUUGAAGCCAUACUGUGAUUCACACCUGGAGCGCUGUGCUCAUGCUGCCACCUGGAGGCUAAAACGUGUGUAAAGUUCUGAAGCCAGAGCCGGCCUGUUGGGUUCUGAAUGACCUGAGAGGCACCAUGAACACACCACCUGCCCUCCCUCCGUUUGCAUAUUCCAGCCUUCACAGCUUCAUGUAAUUAUUGAUGGUGCAUGUUUUAUUUGGUCCGCAGGGUCGUGCUCGUGCUCUAACUUUGGGGAAAAAAAACAUCCCAGAAAACUUUGCAGGGUUCUGGGAGGACGAGAUCCGAGAUGUGAGAGGAAGUAGCAGCUGUGACGUGACCUUGGAUCCACUGCCGUAACAGUGCUGUUCUUUAUGUGUGCGUCCGAUUUUCCAGCUUCUGUUCUGCAGUGUUUCAUGAUGUUUCAUGAUGUUCCAUGAUGUUCCCCCCUCCAUGCCUGUCUCCGUCUGUGGCUUUUUGUGUUUAUCUGUGACGGAUCACAGAGGUGACGAUGUCUGUGGAAAGCUAUCAAUGUGCCUGUUCUGCAUGUUCAGUCAGAUCUAACUGAUCUCAGGAGACCAGAAACCGCUUUUAAUUUAGAGAAACAUGGAGGUUAAGGUGAAACCUCUGUGGUUUGAACUCUCUGAGAGGCUCGGUGUGGAUAUGAGAGCCGAGGUCUGUACUACGCAGCAGGAUCAGCAUCUCUUUAGGAUGACCGCUGGUUCGUCUCUGGGUUUUAUGUCAUUGGGCCGUAAAUGCUCCUCGUCUGAAGACCAGCACAAUGGUUCCGACCAGUUCAAUGGGUUAAGUUUGAUGUUCUUUUGUUGAUGUUGGUACCAAAUGUUUGCAUGAUCCACUGAAGCUCUGCCUUCUUUACUGUCUUGGGGUUUCCAUUCCACCCUAGAGAAAGGCGGGUGGGGGUUGUAUCAGAAAAGACCUGAGCUUUGUGACCGGGAUAAUUAUCCUGUUAGACGUAUAGGACACUGUGGUCCUAAAGAGCUGCACCUUAAGACCAUCAACCACUGCAGGAAGACCCAGAUAGGUUAUCACUAUAGAGCUCCUCCAUCAUUGGAGCGGUUUGCUUCCUCAAUGACCAGAUUCUUAAAUCUUAAA